AUGCACCUCUUCUUGAUAACCUCGAAUACGCCAGUUGAACCGCUUCCGGAAUCACUCACGUCAAAAUGGAACUCCAACAGCAGAGCCUGGAAGACAAUAUGGCCGCGCCUCAUCGCCACCUGCGAGACCAACCUGUCCGGCCCCAACGACGGAGACCUUUCAGCCGUGGCCCCAGCCCCGCGGGUCUACAAGAAGCACGGCAUCUACAUUAAAGUCGUCGGUGACGGCGCUCACGAGCCGUUCGUCCUCUGUUGCAACGGCUAA